GUCAUCGCAACCGAGACCCAGUUUUCUGGAUCGCGCAUCCCUACAAAACUCACCAUAGUCUAACGCCCCGCUCCCUUGUCUCCAGAUUUAUCACGACGUAUCUGCAGAAGAAUUCAUGGCGGGACAGAAGCGACCCUCCUGCGACGACCAUGGAGGCUAUGAACCACCCCGAACGCCUCUAGGUGCAUCCGCUUCGCGAGGCUAUGCGCCAGCACGCGCUUCAUCCGCAGCGCGCGCGCCCAAGUCAGCACGUACCGGUUACGACUCUCUACCAGCGCGCACAGCACCCGGCUCUUCUCAAUACGAUCCCUUGGUCAUCGACGAUGAAUCUGACGAAGACGAUGCAUCGCAAGAGGUGCAGGACUCUAGCCAGAGUGUCGGCGAGACCGACAUGAGCUAUGUCUUGUAUGGCGUCAUUAGCACAAAGAUUGUGGGCGUCAGGUACUACACCGGGCACGCGAAUGUCGGCGAGAUUGCGAUCCCCCGUCGUGAACCUAACAACCAGUAUGAUAGGAAUGCAAUCCAGGUUCUCAACGUCCAUCGACAACAGAUAGGGCACAUACCGAAGACGCAAGCUGCGAAGCUUGCCGCCUUCAUGGACUGCCAUAGCCUCAUUGUCGAAGCUACGAUUUCUGGACGAAAACAAUAUUUCGAGUGUCCCCUCAUGCUCCGUAUCUAUGGCCCCAGUGAUCCCAACACCCGGCAGCUGCUCGUUGAGAACAUGAGAAAUGCCGGACUUCCUCCUUCGAGCUGGAAGGAUGCUACUCAGCGACAGAAAGCGGAGCGAGAGAGGGAGAAGAUUGCUGCACAGGCCGCUAAAAGGGCGAAGAAGCAAGGCGGCGCAGUUGUGGGCGUCGGCCGAGGGCAGCAGCAUGAGAACGGACUGGCAGAGUACGCAGCUGGGUCUUCGCAGGGUGUCGAACAAGGCCUCAGUUUGGAGGAUAUUAUUGGAGGCAGCGAGAGGUUUAACCCGAGGAAUGCUGAGCAGUUCGUGGAGGAAUUCGGCAUUAAGGAGUCAGAUCUAGCUGCAAUGCCAAAAGCCAGCCAACCUCAAGCUCUUUCUACCGAGCUGCAUGACUUCCAACUGCAAGGUCUACAUUGGUUGCUCGAUAAGGAGAGUCCCAAACUACCCGCACAAGGCACCAGGGAUGUUGUUCAGCUGUGGAAACCACAUCCCGAGAUGCGCGGUGCCUUCAUCAACAUUGCUACAAACUUCUCGGUCACCAAUCCUGCGUUGGCCAGUGGCGGUAUUCUUGCGGAUGACAUGGGCUUGGGAAAAACUAUUCAGGUCAUCUCACUAAUUAUGGCUGAUCGCGAGCUGGGUCGUCGAGCAUCUGAUGCCUGUAACGCGACGCUCAUUCUUGCGCCCGUAAGUGUGAUGAGCAACUGGAGCACCCAGAUCAAGAAGCACAUCAAAGAGGAACAUGCUCUUCGCGUCAUGUUUUAUCACAGCAACCGGAAGGAACCCAUCACUCCAAAGUCUAUCGCAAAUUUCGACGUAGUUAUCAGCACUUACGAUAGCGUAUCUUCCGAGUGGCAUUCUCAAAAGUCUACCGCGCUUCCUCGGAAGUCGGGAGUCUUCUCUGUCAAAUGGCGUAGGGUGAUCCUUGAUGAGGGCCACAACAUCAGGAAUCCGAAGGCGAAGAAGACGAUUGCAGCAAGCAAUCUGCUGGCGCAAUCACGAUGGGCUCUGACCGGCACUCCUAUCAUCAACAACCUCAAAGAUUUGUUCUCCUUAGUACGCUUCCUCCGCCUCUCCGGUGGCCUGAACAGUCUGGAUAUCUUCCAUGCCGCUAUUAUGCGCCCUGUCAUGGCAGGCGAUGCUCUUGGAAAUCAGGCUCUGCAGAUGUUAAUGGCGGGCAUCUGUCUCCGCCGCAAGAAGGAAAUGUCAUUCAUUGACUUGCGUCUACCAGAGCUUGCUGAGUACGUGCACAAGGUCACCUUAUUACCCCACGAGCAAGAAAAGUAUGAUGCAUUCGAGGCCCAAGCAAAGGGGACACUCGACCUGUACCGCAAGGAAGCUAGAGGCAGAAACGCAUCUGACACGUAUCGCCACCUUUUGGAAGUUCUCCUCCGAAUGCGCCAGCUCUGCAACCACUGGAAGAUGAUCAGCGAAGAACGUAUCGACUCUAUCAUGCAGCAACUAGAAGCCAAGGGCACCGUCGAUCUCACCGAGGAGAACAAGGCUACCCUCCAGAAGAUGCUCCAGCUCUCCAUUGACUCCCAGGAAGACUGCCCCGUCUGUCUAGACUCCUACAAAGACCCUGUCAUCACCAAGUGCGCACACAUUUUCUGCACCGCUUGCAUCGAGCGCGUCAUCGAAACCCAGCACAAGUGCCCCAUGUGCCGCGCCGAGCUCGAGUCCUUGGCGACCACAACCGUCAAGCCCCCAAAAGAGCUCGCCGUCCUCCCGGCCCCGACGCAGGAACAGCUCGCAGACAAAAAGUCCCUCGAGAGCAACGCCUCCAGCAAGGUCAACGCCCUCAUGAGCAUCCUCACCGCGAGCGCACAGGACCCCGCCAACAAAACCAUCGUCUUCAGCCAGUGGACCACCUUCCUCACGCUCCUAGAGCCGCACCUCCGCGCCGCAAAUAUGGGAUACACCCGUAUCGACGGCAGCAUGCCGGCCACCGCGCGCGACGCUGCCCUCGAACAAUUCGACUCCUCGCCCACCUGCACCAUCAUGCUCGCCUCCCUCUCCGUGUGCUCCGUCGGCCUGAACCUCGUCGCGGCAAACCAAGUCGUCCUCUCGGACAGCUGGUGGGCGCCCGCCAUCGAGGACCAAGCCGUCGACCGCGUGCACCGGUUGGGGCAGAAACGCGAGACCAAGGUGUUCAGGCUGGUUGUAGAAGGCAGCAUCGAGGAGCGCGUGCUGGGCAUCCAGGAGGACAAGAGGAAAUUGAUGGGGCUGGCGUUUGCGGAGAAGGAGAGCGGGAAGAAGAGGAGGGCUGCUGGGGUGGCGGAUCUGGAGAGGCUGUUGGGGACGCAGCCGAGGAAGUGGUAGACGGGUGCUUUUGUAUUACGUGGUGUGGAUUGUGCAUUGUGGUCUGUCUACAUGUUGCGAUUUAGUGAGUUUUGGGGGUGUAUGGUGUUUGUUUGACUUGCGCCUCGGGUGUUGGUUACACUGCUGGGGUUCACGACACGAUACGAUAUCCACCAUAUGUUGGCUGCCAUAUUUGGUAGGAAUAUGGGGUGUUCUGGCGUUUAGCUAUGGUUGAGUACAUUUGUGUACUGAAACGUCCUGAGCCGCUGAGCGUCCUACAAAAUUGCAAAGACCACUCAACUUCGCACGCAGAUCAACAGCAUUGCCGGACAAGCCAACAGCACAGGGUGUCUGUGCCGACUUCAGCCCAAGAGAAACCAAUAAGAAUCGCGGGCCGAUCCUUAUGG